GGCGGGGCUCCGAGGUCUCUUCUGCCCCGCUACAGUCUUCCGUGGAGGGGAGUCGGGAGCUCGGAAGCGCCCAGAGGCGAAGACCCCAGAGUCCGAAGGCAUCUGGAACAGCCUGACCCUUUGGCAGGAUGACUUUGGGAGUCUUUGCAAAUUGUACCUUCUGUUUGAAAGUCAAGCACUUACCUCGUCAACAGAAGAAAAAGCUACAAACUGACAUUAAGGAAAAUGGUGGAAAUGUUUCCUUUUUAUUAAAUCCUCAGUGUACACAUGUAAUCUUAGACAGUGCUGAUAUUCUGAGUCAGUACCAACUGAACUCUAUCCAAAAGCACCAUAUCCACAUUGCAAACCUGGAUUUUAUAUGGGAAUCUAUCAAAGAAAGGAGACUCUUGGACGUAAAGGAUUACAACCCUAACAAGUCACUGGACAGCACACCACCUCCUUGUCAAGAGGCAAGCAGUUCUGAUGUGAAAACAGACAAGCUAUGCCUGGAUAAUGCCACAGAGACAGAGAGCAUCAUGAAACUUGCUAAGUUUUAUACUGAGAAUGUUGAAAUUCCUCAUUUUCCUCAAGAUUUUGAAGUUGCAAAGUAUGACAUCUUGGAAAAAGUGGGGCCCCAGGGAAGUCAGGAAACUGCUGUCGUGGAGUUGCAGUGCUCCCAAGACCCAGGGGACCCAGCCUUCCUCAUAGCCGCACACUUCCUCCCGGCCGGUGGCACUGAGCCUAGAGAUCAGUUCUCUGUAAAGCACACCUCUGCUGAUGCAAGUGAAUACUAUGAAAAUUACAUUGAAGAGCUGAAGAAACAAGGAUUUCUACUGAGAGAAUCUUUUACCCCUGAAGCCACCCAAUUAGCAUCCGAGAAAUUGCAAGCAUUGCUAUUGGAGGAGGUAAUACAUUCAAGCACUCUGAGCCAAGAAGUGAGUGAUUUAGUGGAGAUGAUUUGGGCAGAGGCGCUUGGCCACCUGGAGCACACGCUCCUCGAGUCCAUGAGCAGGAUCAGUCUUAAUGAUGUGAGCAAAGCAGAGGGAAUUCUCCUCCUAGUAAAGCAAGCACUGAAAAAUGGAGAGACAGAAGAGCAACUGCAAAAGAUGAUGAGUGAGUUCUACAGAUUAAUACCUCACAGAGGUACAACAACAGAAAAGGUUAACCUGAGACUAUUAGCCAAGAAAGAGGACCUCUGCCAGCUAAUAAGAGACAUGGUUAAUGUCUGUGAAACUAAUCAUUCCAAACCCAACCCACCAUCUCUUGCCAAAUACCGAGCUUUGCGAUGCAAGAUUGAGCAUGUAGGACAGAACACAGAGGAGUUUUUAAGACUCAGAGAAGAGGUAUUGCAAAAUAACCACAGUAAAAGACCUGUGGACGUCCUGCAGAUAUUUAGAGUUGGAAGAGUGAAUGAAAGCACAGAGUUUCUGAGCCAGCUUGGCACUGUGAAGCCCUUGCUGCACGGCUCUCCUGUGCGGAGCUUUGUGGGAAUCCUGUCCCGGGGGUUGCUUUUGCCCAAAGUAGUUGAAGAUCAUGGAGUAAAAAGAACAGACAUUGGAAAUCUUGGGAGUGGAAUAUAUUUCAGCAAUUCAAUCAGUACAAGUAUUAAGUACUCGCUCCCAGGAGAGACAGAUGGCACGAGACUCUUGGUCGUCUGCGAUGUUGCCCUCGGGAAGUGCAUGGACUUACACAAGAAAGACUUUUCCUUAACGGAAGCACCACCAGGUUAUGACAGUGUCCAUGGGGUCCCUAAAACAGCCACUGCCAGCACAGACUUUGAGGAUGAUGAAUUUGUUGUAUAUAAAACCAGUCAAGUGAAAAUGAAAUAUAUUAUUAAAUUUUGUAUACCUGGAGAUGAAGUAAAGGACUUUCAUCCUUGUAAUAUUACUGAAUUAGAGGAACACACACCUGAGAUUUCAAAUUUUUCAAAGGUUGAAGAUUACCAGUUACCAGACACUGAACCUUUUAGCAGCAUCAAGGCUGGCCUCCAGGACACCUGUGGGAAUUCAGUUCCCCUUGAGGACCUGCACAUCAAGGGGAAAAUAAUAGACUUUGUAGCCCAGGUCACUGUUUUUCAGACGUACACAAAUCAGAGUAAUGUACCCAUUGAGGCAAAAUAUAUUUUUCCUUUGGAUGAUAAGGCAGCUGUGUGUGGUUUUGAAGCAUUCAUCAAUGGGAAGCACAUAGUGGGAGAGAUCAAAGAGAAGGAUGCUGCCCACCAAGAAUACCGAGAAGCCAUCAGUCAAGGCCAUGGCGCUUACCUGAUGGACCAGGAUGUACCCGAUGUUUUUACUGUAAGUGUUGGAAAUUUACCCCCCAAGGCUAAGGUUCUUAUCAAAAUUACCUACAUCACAGAACUCAGCAUCCAAGGCACCGUGGCCAUCUUCUUCAUGCCUGCCACCGUUGCUCCCUGGCAACAGGACAAAGCUUUGAAUGAAAAUAUCCAGGAUACAGUAGAGAAGAUUUAUAUAAAGGAAAUAGGAACAAAGCAACGCUUCUCUCUCAGUAUGUCUAUCGAGAUGCCAUAUGUGAUUGAAUUCAUUUCUAGUGAUACACAUGAACUGAAAAAAAAGAGUACAGACUGCAAAGCUGUGAUUAGCACCAUGGGACAGGAGCUCCUAGACAGCAGUGGAUUUUCUCUCCGCAUUGGUUUGUCUGAUGCAUAUCUCCCAAGAAUGUGGGUUGAAAAACAUCCAGAAAGGAAAUCUAGCACCUCUCUCUCCUCGCAGGCCUGCAUGCUCGUUUUCCAUCCAGACCUCAACAUCACCCUCCCUGAUGCACCUGAGGAGAGUGAAAUGGUUAUAUGUCUAGACUGCUCCAAUUCCAUGGAGGGUGUGACAUUCUUUCAAGCCAAGCAAAUUGCCUUAUAUGCACUGUCCUUGGUGGGUAAGAAGCAGAAGAUAAACAUUGUCAAGUUUGGUUCAGGAUACAAGGAGUUAUUUCCAUUUUCUAAGUUCAUCACAAGCAGUGACGUGCCAGCUGAAUUCAUUACGUCUGCCUUGCCCACCAUGGGAAACACUGACUUCUGGAAAACGCUUCGAUAUUUAAGUUUACUGCCUCCCUCUCAAGGGUUAAGGAACAUCCUCCUCAUAUCCGAUGGCCACCUGCAGGAGGAGCGCCUGACUCUGCAGCUCGUGAAGAGGCACGUGCAGCACACCCGGCUGUUCUCCUGCGGGGUUGGUUCUACAGCAAAUCGUCAUAUCUUAAGGACUCUGUCCCAAUGUGGUGCUGGACUAUUUGAAUAUUUUAACUCAAAAUCCAAACAUAGUUGGAAAAAACAGAUAGAAGACCAAAUGACUCGGUCUCAAUCCCCAAGCUGCCACUCGGUCUCUGUGAAAUGGCAUCAGUUUGGUGCAGACACACCAGAGCCCCUGCAGGCCCCAGCCCACGUGCAGGCCUUGUUCCACAAUGACCGGCUCCUGGUCUACAGCUUUACUCCUCAUUGUACUCAGGCAACUCUGUGUGCAUUAAUUCAAGGAAAAGAAUUUUCUACAAUGGUAUCAACUACUGAACUUCAGAAGACAACUGGAACUAUGAUUCACAAGCUGACAGCACGAGCUCUGAUCAGAGAUUAUGAAGUUGGCAUUCUCCAUGAAAAUGCAACCGAUCAUGAGAUGAAGAAGCAUAUCCUAAAAUCUCUGAUUAUUCGACUCAGUAAAGAAAACUCUCUUAUAACACAAUUUACAAGCUUUGUAGCUGUUGAGAAAAGGGAUGGUAAUGAGUCACGUUUUCCUAGUACUCCAAAUAUUUUGGAACUUAUUGCCAAAGAAGAUGUAGAUUUCCUGCCAUACAUGAAUUGGCAGGAAGAGCACCCAGUCACCAGCAUACCCGAGGUUCUUUCAGCAUCCUCUGUGCACGAAGAACUGCAACUUAAAUGUUUGACUAAAAAACGUAAAUCAUCUAAGCUGGGAAUUUCUGAAGGUUUUGAAGUGUUUAGCUUAGGUUCCCACCUACCAGAAAAACCUUUAACACUCAAUGUGGAAUACAGAGAUAUGGAAAUGCCAUUGGAUUUAAGUCAGAUAGAUUCAUUUGAGCACUCAGGAAUUAAGCCAGUAUUUACAAAAGUCAUUUCACCAAAAAUGGCUGUUUCCAACUCUUUUGCUGCCCCAGGUUCAACCAGUUUCCUAGCUGCUUCCCCUAUUGAUUCUGCUUCCCUCUGUCCUCCCAGCUUACUUCCUCCAAGCCCUCUUUUUGGUACUCUUGCUAGUCCCAAACCAUUUGGUCCAGCUAAGAAUGACCAAGGCCUUGAGAUAGGCGAUUGUACUGGCAUUUCCCUCGAGAUGGGUUCUCCUCCUAGCCUGCCUUCCCAGAACCCACCUUUUGGAUCUUUUACUGGUUCUGCUGUUUCAGGUAGUCUGUUUAGCUGCAGAGAGUCUUAUGUACCUAAAAUGUCAGAAGGACCUCUGUUCUGCCCUUCUACUGACAGUUCCCUUGACUUGGACUUUCCCCUGCAGCAGAAUCAUUUGUUCUCUCCUCCUAGACUUUCUCCCCCUGGUUCAACCAGAAGGUCUGGCUUUCAGCUUGUUCCUUGUUGUUCUCCUUUCCAGUUUCCAAAUUCCCCAGUUCCCCUGAGCACCAGUUACAAGCCGCCAAUACAUCAAACUGGCCUUGUUCUCCAUGAGCCUUCUCCAUCAUUUAGGGCUUUUCCAGCAUUUGAGACUUCUCCAUCAAAUAUUUCUGUGAGAACUGCAUUAUCAGAUUCUCUCCCAGAUACAUGUUUGGCUGACUUAAGUUCUUCUGAAACAAAAAGUGACAAAACACCACGGUUUCUGGCAAGUAGGUUUUUAAAAAAACAGUAGAAAAAUCUGAUGUAAGAAGGAGGUUUCUGAUGGUAAAACAGGGAGGAUGACACAGGCUGCAAAGAAAGCUGGAAGAAUUUUGUGGCUGCGUCUGAACUCUUCAGUCUGCAAACUGAGGAUGGCUUCUGGAAACUUACACCAGCACUGGGAUUUAUAUUAAAUCUUAAUACAACUAUUUUAAACAGUUUUCUUGAACAAAAAGGCAUUCGAUCUCUAGGUAUCAAAGGAAGAGAAUGUCUUCUGGACCUGAUUGCCACUCUUCUGGUACUGCAGUUUCUUCGCACCAGGUUGGAACACAUGGGAAUAGUCUUCAAAUCCCUGAUGAAAUUGGACGAUGCCUCCACUUCCAGGAAUAUCCCCUGGGCUUUUGAGAAAAUAAAGAAAGCAAGUGAAUGGGUAAGAAGAACAGAAGGACAAUAUCCAUCUAUCUGCCAACGGCUUGAACUGGGUAAAGACUGGGACUCUGCCACUAAACAACUAUUGGGAAUCCAACCCAUGAAUACCACCUCUCCUCUUCACAGAGUUCUUAAUUAUGGUCAAGGCUAAAACAGAGGAAGCUGUGUUUUAAACUUUUUCAUGCUUUUAUCUAUAAAAUAAGUAUUAAUAGAUACCUAUAAUGAAAUUUAAUUAUGGUUUUAUCAAAUAUAGCAAUGUCACUUUAAAUAGAAGCAGAAUUAUUUAAUAAACAAGCAAUCAUCAAGUAAAAAUUACAGUA